UAAUUACCAAAUAGGCGUACACAUUUUCCUUGUGUGUGUAUAUAUCAAUGUCCAUAUUUUGAUCCCAAAACCCACAAACCCUUUACCAAAUUCAAAACCCACCCCUCUCUCUCUCUCUCUAGAUAAUAUUUCACUUUCAUGGAAGAGAAACUGCCAAUGCUAAGCACUCGCCGGACUGAGCAGAACCCAAUCAACCUUGACCACCUGCCCAAAAGCCCAAGAGCUCCAAUGGAGUUUCUGUCAAGGUCUUGGAGUGCCUCUGCUCUUGAAGUCUCCAAAGCUCUGUCUCAUCCUACUCCUCCUCUGCCUCCUUCGUGCAUGGCUUCUUCCAAGUCUUCUUCAAACAGCUCUUCUUCAUGCAACACCACAACCACCACUUCCACUAUACCUGAAGACAUUGCUGGAGAGUCAGAGGAGCUGCCAGUUCUCUCUGGCCAUCAGUUUUACUUUGCUUCCUCUGUAACUUCUCAGCUUGUGCUUGAUCGCAUUAUGUCUCAGUCCAUGAGAGAGGAAGUGUCUCCAUUAACAUCAGGCAGGCUCUCACACAGCAGUGGACCUUUGAACGCUGGUGGUUCUCUAACAGAGACAGAUAGCCCUCCAGUUUCUCCCUCUGAGGAAUACGACGACGUCGUUAAGUACUUUCGAACCCACAACAGCAUCCACAACCUAUUCAACGGCAGCCGCAGCGGUGCCGGAAAUGCCAACAAUACCCCUGCUGCUGGAGGGGCCAAGACGGUGGGGAGGUGGCUGAAAGAGAGAAAAGAGAAGAAAAAGGAGGAGACAAGAGUCCACAAUGCACAGGUCCACGCAGCUGUUUCAGUUGCCGCGGUGGCUGCUGCUGUGGCCACCAUUGCUGCAGCCACAGCGGCUUCUUCAGCGUCAAGAAAGAACGAACAAGCAGCCAAGACAGACAUGGCUGUGGCAUCUGCUGCCACGCUUGUAGCUGCUCAAUGUGCUGAGGCUGCAGAAGCCAUGGGAGCUGAGCAUGACCAUCUCACUUCUGUGGUCAGCUCUGCUGUUAAUGUUCGCUCUCACGACGACAUUACCACUCUCACAGCUGCCGCUGCCACAGCUUUAAGAGGGGCAGCGACCCUAAAGGCAAGGGCAAUGAAGGAGGUGUGGAACAUAGCAGCAGUGAUACCAGUGGAAAAGGGAAUGGGAAUCGGAGUCUGCGGAAAAGCUAAUAAUGGUGAAAGCAAUGGCAGCUUUAGUGAUGAGCUCGUUGUUCCUUCUCCUCUAGACACUACCUUUCUUGGGGUCUGUAACCAAGACCUCCUUGCUAGGGGCACUGAGCUCCUCAAACGCACACGAAAAGGCGAUCUGCACUGGAAAAUAGUAUCUGUUUAUAUUCACCGAACAGGCCAGGUGAUGCUAAAAAUGAAGAGCAAACACGUAGCAGGAACUUUCACCAAGAAGAAAAAGAAUGUUGUGUUGGAGGUCUGCAAGAACAUGUCUGCAUGGCCAGGAAGACACUUGUUCGACGAUGGAGAGCAGCGUCGUUACUUUGGGCUGAAAACAGAGGCACGAGGGGUCGUAGAGUUCGAGUGUAAGAACCAGAGAGAGCAUGACGUGUGGACGCAUGGAGUUUCAAGGCUGCUGUCUAUUGUCGCCGAGAGGAAGAACAGGCAUUAAUUAGGGCCUCUGGUUUAUGUUCCAAAGCAGGCAUUUAAUCUUCUGUUCGUAUAAAUAGGGAGAUGCAGUAGGAGGCGCAUGUUAAAGGUCCUGAGCAAAAGCACUGCACUUUUGAAUUCAAUUCAAAGGAAGUGACCUGCUUUAUGGAAAUAUAUGUUAUAGUUAGACUGUAUUGUGCAACAAUAAUAUUCUAUAAUUUCUCCAUAUAACCAUAAUAUUUUAUAAUUUCUUUAUAUCACGGCAAUAUUCUAUAAUUUUUUCAACAAUAAUUUUCUACAAUUUCUCCACACAUGAUACUCUACAAUUUCUCCAUACAACGGUAGUAGUCUAUAAUUUCUCCAAUUUUUGAGAGUUUAGCGCCUCAAACUAGCGCUCCUCCUACUCAGCCUACACUCUUGACCAACCCACUUGGGUUAAAAGUGUUGUUGAUCCCCAAAUAGAAGACGAGGGAGGAACAAAAAGAAGAAAAGAAAAGGAAAAUAGACUCUAAACUAGUUGCCAUGGUUUCUGAAAAGCAACAAUGUUAAAGCAAGGUGACAAAACAUAGGUUUCUGUUCAACUUAAAGUAUACACCCCAAAGAUCUCAAGUGCAUUGGUCUG